GGGAACAGGACGCUGAGGCAGUAAAGAGAGCGAGUGGCCCCCUGGAGUCUUGACUGCCAUGAAGUCCAGGAUAGUUCGGCCCCCCGAUGGGGGCUACGGCUGGGUGGUGGUCAUGUCGGCCUCCAUCAUCAUGGGCCUCACCACCGCCGUCCUCAAGAACUUCGGCCUCUUCUUCCUGGAGAUCCAGGCGCACUUCGGGGUCCUCACCAGCACCACUUCCUGGGUCACGUCCACCACCAUCGCUGUGUUCCACCUCUUAGCUCCUGCUGCCAGCACGCUCACCUUGCGGUUCUCUCAGAGGGUGGUCAUCAUCACUGGGGGUCUGCUGACUUUCCUCGGGGUCUUGCUGGCCUCUCUGGACCUCAGCCUGCCAUGGCUCUACUUCAGCCUGGGCAUCCUGCAAGGAACUGGUUUCGCCUUCUCCUGGCUCCCGGCCAACAGCAUGGUGAGCCACUACUUCUCCCGAUGGCGGCCCAUCGCCAUGGCCACCGCCAGCGCGGGGGAGUGCGUCUUCGCCUUCUCGUUCAGCCCCUUCUUCCAGUGGCUCAUCGGGAUGUACGGCUGGCAGGGCGCCUUGCUCAUCAUCGGAGGCCUGCAGCUCAACAUCUGCGUGUGCGGCGCGCUCAUGAGGCCCCUGAACGCACCGCAGACCGACGCCCUUCACGAAGGAGACGCCGCCGCGCCCUCAGAAAAGAGGAAGACUAUUUUCCAGUGCUCCCUCCUGAGAAAACCUGAACUCUGCCUCUACUUCGUCUUUGCCAUCCUGUCGGCCGCGGGGAUCUUCAUCCCGCCGCUCUUCAUGGUCGCCUUCUCCAACAGCCUGGGGAUCGAAAACUACUGGUCGGCGUCCAUCCUGUCCGUCCUGGCGCUGGCCGACCUGGUGGGCCGGCUGACCUGCGGCUGGCUCGCCAACCUGCGGCUGAUGAGGAACCUGCAGCUGCUCACCAUGGUGACCACCCUGUACGGCGUGGUGCUCCUGCUGCUGCCGCUCAGCCACAACUACUGGGUGGUGGCGGCGUUCACCGCGCUCUACGGCUUCCUGUUCGGCUGCACCAUGGCCAUCCACAUCACCGCCAUCGUGGACAUCGUGACCCUGGAGGGGUUUGACAGCGGACUGGGCCUCUUCAUGUUGUUCAGGAGCAUCGGGGGCUUCGUGGGUCCGCCUGCUGCCGGGUGGUUGGUGGACCUCACCAGCGACUACAGUUGUGCCUUCUACCUCUCAGGCCUCUGCCUCGUCUUAUCGGCCUUCUUCGUCGUGCUGGUCGACCGCCUCGUUCAGAGGAGAAAAGCCGCUGAGGCCCAAACCGAGCGGUCAAUGGACCGGAGGAGCUAACAGGAAGAAACAGGAACUGUUAGGUGACAGCUUUACCAGACCAUGAGGUGUUGAGAAGAAGACUCUGGGUUGUGGUCAUGUGUAGUU